AUGGAUUAAUAAUAAGAAAUAAAAUAAAAAUUAUGUUAACCAGAUUAUAAAAGAAAAGAUUAUUGGAAUAAAAGAUAUGAAUCAAAAGAAACAUUUUAUGAUUGGUAUUGUGGUUAUAAAGAAUUAAAAGAAGUAUUUGAUAAAUGCUUCUAAUUUUAAAAAGAUUUAAAAAUAUUAAUGGUAGGAUGUGGUAAUUCGCCUUUAUCAGAAUAAAUGUACGACGAUGGUUAUAAUAAUUUAUUAUCAACUGAUAUAUCUGAUAUAGUAAUUAAUUAAUUAUAAAAGGAUAGUUAGAAAAAAGGGAAGAACUUAAUAUUUGAAGUAUAAGAUUGUACUAAUUUAUCAUAUUAAAAUGAAACUUUUGAUGUAAUUUUCGAUAAGGGAACUUUAGAUGCUAUUAGUUGUGAUAAUGAAGGAGAAUUAGUUGUUAAAAAAAUGCUUUUAGAAAUGAAAAGAGUUAUGAAAAAAAAUGGAUGUAUUGUUAUAGUUAGUUUCGGAGAUUUAUAAGAAAGAUAUAAAAUGUUUAAAGAUAGUUUUGAUUUCGAUGAAUUUUAAUUUUAAAUUUGUAGAAAAUAUCUUUCUUUGGAAGCUUAAAUUACAAAUCUAUUAAGACAUUAUUCAGGAGGUUUAAAUUUAAAUUUAGCAAUGACAAAUAAAACUGUUUUGCUUAAUGUUUUUAGAGAACUUAAAAAUAUGAAAAAGAAUAUUCAAGAAGAAGUUGUUGUUAGUAAUAUUAUUGAUUGGAAGUCAUUUGAAGAGAAUUUUUAAUAUUUUAUUAAAAUAAUGAAAUCAGUAACAGCUUUAUAGGCAUAUAAUUGUUUAAAAUUACUAGAAAGUUAAGAAAAAAUGGAAUAAAACUCAUUUUCAUUUGAUUUAUCACAAAAAUAAUUAAAUAGUGAAAAUGAAGAAUUAAAUGAAAAUGUAAUUGAAAGGUUAUAUAAAAAAAUUGAUGAGAAUAAUGAAAAGUUAAGUACUUUAAGAAAACAAAAAUAUGAUAGUUAAUGUCCUUUUUAUCCGUUUUCAGAAUAAGAUUUAGAUGUUUAGGAAGUAUUAUAUGAUUAAAAAUUUAAAUAUAUUGUUGAUUUAAUUAAAUAAUUAUGA